AUGCUCUCCUGGCUGUCAAGCUUCCUCCCGCUGGCCUGGACCUCCAGCCUUGUGGACUCCCUCCUGCAGGGGCUGGUGGGGGCCUGUGCCGUCUGCAUCCUGGGCAGCUUGAUGAGGAUUUACCUCUACAUCCAGUGCCUGAAUGACCCCGACAGGCAGAAGGAGAAGGAGACUCUCCGGCAGCAGCGGCCCUUCCUGGACCGGCUCCAUCUCGUGGUGCUGACGGCCAUCUUCACCAUGGUGGGGCACCGGGUGGCCGCCCUGAUCGUCCUGGAGUUCUCCCUCCGGGCGGUGUCCACCAUCCUCUCCCUCAACAAGGGGGCCCUCAGCAGCCAGCUCUACCUGCUCUGCCAAUACUCGUUGGGCUGCGGCGUCUCCUGCAGCCUGGGCUACCUGCAGGAGGGAGCGCCUCAUCGCACCUGGAACCUCCUCCUGGCCGUGGGGCUGGCCCUGCUCCUGACCCACUACGUCUGGCGCCUGGCCUGGCACGUCUCCACCAUGUACGAGCUGCACUGCAAGGAGCGCUACUGCGGAGGCUGCCUCUUCCUCCUCACCACGUGGCACGGGAUCCCCCGGAUGCUCUGCAACGCCCUCCGGGUGACCUUUGGGGUGGCCGACUUGGCAGCCGUGGCUCUGAUCAACCGGGAUUUCCUCUCGACCUCGGAGGCGAUCCGCUUCUGGACGCCGCUGACCAUCUGCUACACACUUCUGGUCAUCUACAUGCAGGAGGAGCAGCAUCAGAAUCCCACCCAGUCGAUGGCUUUCCAGACCGUCUUUGUCAGGAUGGGAGGCCUCCUGGUCCUGCUGAUGACGGUGGGCCAGUGGAGGGACAUCGUGAACAUCCUCAUCUCACUGGCAGGGGAGAUCUGGUGCCUGACCCGGACCGGAUCCAUGCUGGAGGUGUGCAGGGAGCAGGCUGCCACCUACUUUGUGCAUCGUGGGCUUGAUUCCAGCACCGUAUCCCCCCACCCUCCACCCACAGGAACUCGCAGGUGGGCCUUCAUCCCCGGCUCCCGAGCUCGCCCGUUUCGCGCUCUCUGUCCUCCCGGCUAA